AAGGAAAAGAGGAAGAGCCAAGAGGCAAGAACCCAACUACCGUUCAGAUGAGGCUGUAGAGAGAACGACGUCGCAUCCGCCAUUUUCGCAAUCCUUCAAGCAAUAGCUUCUUCACUUCAGAUCUCUCCACCUUCUCUCUCUCUCUCUCUUCAUGUUCUUCUCCAUUUCUAGGGUUUCGCUUUCUCUACUUCAGGCCGUUUCCUGCAAUUCGAUACCGUAGAUCCCACCGUAGGUGAAGGACGACAGUUUGGUUGGCUUCGUUCCACUGUGUCUCAGAGUGUUUGUGAAUCCAUUAGAAAUGGCGGUUCCGGGGCCUAUUACGCCUGGUCAGAUCUCGUUUCUGCUCGGAGUCAUCCCUGUUUUGAUAUCAUGGAUAUACUCAGAAAUUCUGGAGUACAAGAAAUCUGCAUUGCACCUGCACCCUAAAGUUCGUUCAGAUAGUAAUUUGGUUGAACUAGGAGAAGUGGCAAACAAGGAAGAUGAAGGAGCUGUUUUGCUGGAGGGAGGCCUUGCAAGAUCUGCCUCUUCAAAGCUAUAUAGUUCAUCUAUCAAAACAAACUUGAUGAGGUUUUUGACGCUGGAAGACUCUUUCUUGCUUGAAAACCGAGCGACCCUGAGAGCAAUGGCUGAGUUUGGAGCAAUUCUUUUGUAUUUUUAUAUUUGUGACCGGACAAGUUUGCUUGGAGACUCUAAAAAGAAUUACAACAGGGACCUUUUCCUCUUUCUCUACCUUCUUUUCAUCAUAGUGUCAGCAAUGACGUCCUUGAAGAAACAUACUGACAAAUCACCGAUAAUGGGAAAAUCAAUUCUGUAUCUUAACCGUCACCAGACUGAAGAGUGGAAGGGGUGGAUGCAGGUUCUGUUCCUGAUGUAUCACUACUUUGCUGCGGCUGAGAUUUACAAUGCAAUCAGGAUCUUCAUCGCUGCAUAUGUCUGGAUGACGGGAUUUGGCAAUUUUUCGUAUUACUAUGUCAGAAAGGAUUUCUCCCUUGCACGAUUUACUCAGAUGAUGUGGCGGCUUAACUUUUUCGUGGCAUUUUGUUGCAUUGUUCUCAACAAUGACUAUAUGCUCUAUUAUAUCUGUCCGAUGCACACUCUGUUCACUCUAAUGGUGUAUGGAGCCCUCGGUAUCUUCAGUCAGUAUAAUGAAAUAGGAUCAGUGAUGGCUGUGAAAAUUGCUUCGUGCUUCCUUGUGGUUAUCUUGAUAUGGGAAAUCCCUGGAGUUUUCGAGAUUUUCUGGGGUCCAUUAGCAUUCUUUCUGGGGUACACGGAUCCAGCUAAGCCAGAACUUCCACGUCUACACGAAUGGCAUUUCAGAUCAGGACUUGAUCGCUACAUAUGGAUCAUUGGGAUGAUAUAUGCCUACUUCCAUCCCACUGUGGAGAGGUGGAUGGAGAAAUUGGAGGAAUGUGAUACUAAGAGAAAGAUGUCAAUCAAGGCCAGCAUUGUCGCAAUUUCUUCAUUCGUUGGUUACCUAUGGUAUGAAUACAUCUACAAGCUGGACAAGGUUACAUACAACAAAUACCAUCCAUACACAUCAUGGAUUCCGAUCACUGUAUACAUUUGUCUUCGGAACUGCACACAACAGCUAAGGAACUUCUCACUGACACUCUUUGCGUGGCUUGGCAAGAUAACACUGGAGACCUAUAUUUCUCAGUUUCACAUCUGGUUAAGAUCGAACAUUCCUGAUGGGCAACCUAAGUGGCUACUAUCCAUAAUCCCAGAAUACCCGCUGCUCAACUUCAUGGUCACCACAGCCAUUUAUGUCUUGGUGUCUCACCGGCUCUUUGAGCUUACAAAUACAUUAAAGACGGUUUUCAUACCAACGAAAGACAACAAGCGGCUUCUCCACAACGUCAUUGCAGGGGCUGCAAUCUCGUUCUGUCUAUACUUCAUCGCUAUCGUGAUUUUCCAAAUCCCGCAUUGAAUCGGAGGAAGAUGCUAAAACUCUGGAAAUCGUUCAUUCAUUACUCACAAAACUUUGGAAAAACAGGAAACUAUACGUUCGGAAUUACCCACAAAAUAAUAGAUUUUGUUUCCAUGUCCCAGCAAAUUUUGAAGCUUUCAAAAGUGAAGCGUCAUCUUCCAGAUGAUAUUCGAGUCGAGAGGUUUGAAGCGUCAUCUCAGGACAGAACUUGAACUUGUUUCAUUUUCUUAUCUGUUGUAAUCUUGGCAUAACUUCUAUACAUAUAUAUAUAUGAUAUAUUAGUCCAUAUGUUUUUGCCAA